AUGAUUCGCCAAGGUUCUCUAUCACCAGAAUUGGCAAUUGGCCUUGCCGUCAUUGGGUUCUGCUCCUUUCCUUCGGUUUUGGCUCUUCUCGCGUUCCCCAGGAAACGAGCAUUGAAGAAAGGAACCCUUUACGAAGAUGCCGAUGGCAAGGCAACACCAGCGUCAACAGAGAGCUUCUCAACGACACCGGCAAAAUCCGGCAUUGUUGCCUUGGCAGUCACGGGCCUCCUUUCUUCCGUCCUACUUGCUUUCUUUUCGUGGCACACGACGAGGGUAGCUUCUGAGAUCCUGUUGUUGAUCGUGGGGGCAUGGACCGCAGUACUGUUGCAGGCUGUGACCAUUGCUUCGUGCAGGAACUCAGUACAAGCUUACCGUCUUGGACUGUAUGCGUUUUUAUCGUCUGGGGUCCUGGCUGGGCUUCUCCUCGCUCAACUAGCCGGAAUUUCUGAUCACCUCCUCUCUCGCCAUCCUGCUGCGUUUUCCCUCUGGGUGGUUGAGCUCACCAUUUCAGUUCUUCUUGCCUUCGGCAGCUUGUCUCUUUCCAGACGACCGGAUGUGUUCCAGGAUGGGGAGCUGGUGGACCGUAUGUAUACGGUCUCAGCCUUCAGCCGCUUCAACUUCAGCUGGCCUGCUGCACUUCUGUCCCUAGCCAAGCAGAAGAAGACCCUGGACUUGGUCGACCUACCCCGGCCCGACCAUCACACUCGAUCCUCCGCAUUAUCUGCGGACUGGAAGCGCCACAAUUUCCCGCACCGCCUUUGGUUGUCUCUACUCCUCGCUCACAAAAAGGCCUUCGCGUUGCAGUCGGUGUUGGCGCUUUGUACAGCCAUUCUGAGCUUCACGCCACAGUGGGUCAUUUUGCAACUCUUGAGGAUUUUGGAGAAUCGCCCGGUUGGCGGCGGUACCUUUGGCUUUGACGUUUGGAUUUGGGUGGUAUGGCUUGCAUUAGCCAUCACAGCUGAUUCGUGGGUCGAGUCAUACCUCCUCUGGCUCUCAUCGGCCGAGCUUGCCAUCCCAGUCCGAGCUCAGCUAUCCUCUCUCAUAUUUGAGAAGGCCAUGCGUCGGAGGGACGUCAAGAGUCCCGUAAAGUCGAAAACGAAAGGUGCGGACGAGCCAGAAACAGUGGCCAAAGAGGACGAUACGGAAGAGGCCAACGGUGGUACACAAAGCACUAUCAACUUGAUUGGAGUGGAUGGGCAAAGGGUGUCCAAUUUCUGCGGCUACCAACACGUCUUCCCUGGAAGCCUUUUCAAGCUCGUCGUCUCAUUGGCGUUUCUGGUCAGUCUCCUCGGCUGGAUACCCCUCCUGGCCGGCUUCUCGGCCAUGUUGGCCAUUACGCCUAUCAACAUUUACGUCUCCAAGAAAUACGCUGCAGCACAAGGCCGGCUUAUGAAGGUCAGAGAUGAGAAAAUGGGCACCGUCACCGAAGCUGUCCAGGGAAUACGGCAAAUAAAGUUCUCGGCUCUGGAACCUCAGUGGGAGAAGAAGAUUGCGGAUGUUCGACACCGAGAGCUUAACGCCAUCUGGGACAUGUUUAUGGGCAACGCAGCCCUGCUGGCCUGUUGGGUCACAAGCCCAAUACUGCUGUCGGCCAUUUCUUUGGCUGUGUAUGCGGUUCUAUCCGGAUCGCUGCUCCCCUCGGUGACCUUCGUCAGUCUCGGCAUUUUCAAGGGUCUUGAAGCCACCCUGACCAUCAUACCCGAACUUACUACCCAGUUAUUGGACGCGUGGAUUUCGGUACAACGAAUCGAGGAUUAUCUUAACUCGCCAGAAGUGCCGGCGGUUUUGCAGGAUUCCAACAAGGUCGCGUUCAGCAAUGCGUCUAUCGCAUGGCCAUCCGACGAUGCGAAGAUUGAGGAAACGGAUAGAUUCGUUCUCCGUGACCUCAAUAUGUCCUUCCCACAGGGCAAGUUGUCGGUGAUUGCUGGGAAAUCCGGCACAGGUAAAAGCUUGAUCUUGGCUGCGAUCCUGGGUGAAGUCGAUGUCCUCGGAGGCGAGAUCUACGUGCCUAAGGCUCCGUCCAACCGCUACGACGACAGAGCAACCAAAGGUGACUGGAUCAUUCCAAACGCAAUUGCUUUCGUGGCUCAAAUUCCUUGGAUGGAAAACGGCACUAUUAAAGACAACAUCGUUUUUGGACUCCCAUACGACAAUCAACGGUACAAGAAGACCAUUGAUGUCUGCGCCCUGAAACGAGAUCUCGAGAUCCUUCCCGAUGGUGGGAACACAGAGAUUGGUGCAAACGGCGUCAAUCUCAGCGGUGGACAAAAAUGGCGAGUAAUGCUUGCUAGAGCGAUCUACUCUCGCGCGGGAAUCCUCGUGUUCGACGAUAUCUUCAGCGCUGUGGAUACACAUGUAGGACGUCAAAUCUUUGAACAAUGCUUGACAGGCGAGUUGGCCACCAACAGGACGAGAAUCCUGGUCACGCAUCAUGCGUCGCUUUGCAAGGACAAGACCGACUACCUCGUACAGUUGGGUGAGGGCUCUGUUCUGCACGCCGGUGUUCCUCUGGGCUUGGACGAAGGGAAUCCACUUACAGCGGUGAACUCCGAUAUCUCUGGUGACGAGAUGGAUCUGGGCGAUCCGCUUACAGCGGUGAACUCAGACAUCUCCGCUGCUGCUGAGGAGGGCGGGUUAGUGGGCAGGCACGGCGGCGUGAAGAAGGCCGCACGCAAGGCCGCCCGGAAAUUUGUCGAGGAAGAAUCUCGCGAGCAGGGAGCGGUCCAACGGCACGUCUACCUCACUUAUCUGCGGGAUAGUGGCGGGUGGCUGUAUUGGACGUUCAUCCUUCUGCUCUUCAUCAUUGCGCAGGGCAUCUUCCAGGGACGAUCGUGGUGGGUCAAGAUCUGGACCGGUGAUAACCUGGAGCAGCCCUUCGAUUCAAGUCAAACCACGGCUUCAUCGAGAGAAUAUGGCUAUUCAUAUGCCAUUGCCGUUCAACACACCUCGAUCCAUUCAAUGUCGGCUCCGCCAGUUCAGACAACUCACAACAGCCUGAAGUUCUACCUCUCGGUUUAUAUCGCCUUGGCCAUCCUUUCGUCCAUCCUGGGAACUCUGAAAUACGUGUUCGUCUAUCUUGGGUCUAUCCGUGCAAGCCGCAAUCUGUUUGCCAAGUUCAGCUUUGUCGUUCUGCGGACGCCCAUUCGGUGGCUCGAUACGGUGCCUGUUGGCCGCAUUUUGAACAGAUUCACCGCCGAUUUCAACAUCAUUGACUCGCAGCUCGCGAACUCGCUAAGCUUUGGGGUUGACUGCUUCCUUGGCCUGUUCAGCAUUAUUGCUGCUGGCCUGUUCAUCUCUGGCUACGUGCUUGUGCUCGCCGCCCUGUUCUUGCUCGUCUGCCUCUACUACACUACGUAUUACUUGGACGCAGCUCGACCGAUCAAAAGGUUGGAAAGUACAACGAAGUCUCCUUUGUUCGAGCAGUUUAGCUCUGCAUUGACUGGUAUAGCCACCAUUCGUGCAUUCGACAAGACACAGGCAUACAUUGAGAAGAUGUCCCGGAAGAUUGACGACUAUUCCACUGCCACUUGGCACUUGGUGCUCCUAGACCGCUGGAUGGGCUGGAGAAUGGCACUCAUCGGCUCAUGCUUUGCCACUUUUCUCUCGAUUCUCAUCUUGCUUACACCUGGUAUCGAUGCAGCGCUAGCUGGUUUUGCGCUUGCAUUUGCCAUCCAGUUCUCGACUUCGGUGAUCUGGGCUCUCCGCUUCUACAUAAGCGUCGAGCUGGAUAUGAACGCCGCCGAGAGGAUUAUUGAGUACACUGAGGUGCCCACCGAGUCCCUUGACGGAAAAAGCCCCCCAGCCUCCUGGCCUACGCAGGGCUGUAUCGAAGUUGAGAAUCUUGUGGUCGGAUAUGCCCCCGAUCUCCCUCCUGUUCUGAAAGGCCUUACCUUCAGCGUUGGCUGCAAUGAAAGAGUGGGAGUUAUCGGUCGUACCGGGGCUGGAAAGUCAUCUCUGACCCUUGCAUUGUUCCGCUUCCUGGAGGCCAGGUCGGGAAGCGUUUACAUCGAUGGCUUGGAUAUCUCCAAGCUCAAACUCCACGACUUGCGAUCUCGCCUAGCUAUCAUUCCGCAGGAUCCUACACUAUUCUCCGGUACCAUCCGCAGUAAUCUCGAUCCGUUCAGCCAGCACACUGAUGCAGCGCUUCUCGACUGCCUCGAGCGGGUGCACCUACUCACCAGCUCGUCCGAAACAUCGGGCACUGCAACUUCAACAUCUUCAAACACCAAGCAAAACAAUGUUUUUGACAGUCUAAGCUCCCCAGUUUCAGAGGGGGGCCUCAACCUAUCGCAGGGCCAGCGGCAACUACUCUGCCUUGCGCGUGCCAUGGUAGACCGGCCUCGUGUGAUGGUUCUCGACGAAGCAACCUCGGCGGUAGAUAUGCACACGGACCGCCUCAUCCAACGCAGCAUCCGAGAGGAAUUUGCCAACUCGACCCUCAUGGUCAUUGCUCAUAGACUCAGCACAAUUGCUGAUUUUGACCGCAUUUUGGUUCUGAGUGACGGUCAGGUAGCCGAGUUCGGCACCCCCAGGGAACUAUGGGAGAAGGGAGGGCAAGACGGAAGUGAAAAGGGUAUCUUCAGGGCCAUGUGUGAAGAGAGCGGGGAGAAGGAAAAGCUGGAGUCCAUCGUGUUCGGGCGACGGACCGAGUGA